CUCCAGCAUCUCCUUCUCUCGCCGUCUCUAACCCUAAAACCUCAGUUCAGCUAAACUGCAACCCCUCUUUGGCUCCUCCUCUCAUUCCCAUAUUCGAUUUUUCUUACAAAGAUAACAUACAGAAAACGCAGAUAAUAUAGUCAAAGAAAAAUGGGGAAAGAGGAGACUACCCAAAAGUCACAGCUGGCUGUCACUGUAGAGCAGCUCAUUGCCGUUAACCCUUACAAUCCAGAUAUCCUCCCUGAUCUUGAAAACUAUGUUAACGAACAGGUUUCUACUCAAACAUACAAUCUGGAUGCAAACCUUUGCCUUCUUCGUCUUUAUCAGUUUGAACCAGAGAGAAUGAGUACACCAAUUGUUGCUCGUAUUUUGGUGAAGGCACUAAUGGCAAUGCCAGCUCCAGAUUUCAGCCUCUGUCUCUUUCUAAUCCCGGAACGAGUGCAAAUGGAAGAGCAAUUCAAGACGCUAAUUGUUCUCUCACACUACUUGGAGACUGCAAGGUUCCGUCAAUUUUGGGAUGAAGCUGCAAAGAGCCGCCACAUAGUGGAAGUUGUCCCUGGUUUUGAACAAGCAAUUCAAGCAUAUGCUGUUCAUGUCCUUUCAAUAACCUACCAGAAGGUUCCAAGGGCAAUUCUGGCAGAGGCAAUCAACAUUGAGGGUCUUUCAUUGGAUAAGUUCCUUGAGCACCAAGUGUCGAACAACGGUUGGGUUAUUGAGAAAGGUCAGGGUAAGGGCCAAUUUAUCACACUUCCUCGCACUGAAUUCAACCAUCCAGAGCUUAAGAAAAAUACUGCUGAUAGUGUUCCGCUGGAGCAUGUUACGCGUAUCUUCCCCAUUCUUGGCUGAAGCCCGCAAUGGUAUUUUGGUAUAGAACCUGGAGUUACUUUUGAUUUUUGAGAGCAAAUUUUCAUCUUGAGACACAAUGUGACUGUAGGUCCUUGCAUUUUGUGAAUUUUAAUCUACUCGAAGAUGGUCCUUUCUUUUUUACUGCCAGUUAGUUUUUUCUGGAAGAUGUUACAAAUAUACUUUGUGCUCUUGAAGUUUAUAAUGUAGUGACAAGGACAAUGUUAAAUUGUUAUCUAAGAACCCUUGAAUCAA